GCUUCUUUCUUCUCAACAAGACGAGCAACAAUGCAGGGCACAGAAGCAAAGGAUAGAUCUGCCCCUGAUAAUCUAGAUGACUACCUCGGCAGCAGUGUUCUUGCUGGAACAUCCAAGAUCUUUGUCAGGAAGGGAUGGGACAGCGUUGAAUCGCUCAAGUCAAUGACCAGGAAAGAUGUGAAAGCGCUGGGCCUUACUAAGCAGCAAAGGAAAGCUUUUGAGAUGAGAAACUUUCUUGGCAAAAUAGAGCUUUCCAGGUAUGCAGACACGCUGGAGGCCUCUGGAAAGACUCUGUCUUCAUUGCGAGCAAGUAGUAGCUUUGUUUUAAUUUGUAAAUAUGGUAUGGAGAAGGAUGAUGCUCUUCGAUUCUUAGAACACAGAGAAGAAAAUAGGCAGAGCAAGGUUGAGAAAUUGAUGUAUGAAGAAUGCAUCCCUGGAUGCAUUUUUUGAG